AUGGAGGGUAGCCCCGGCGCGGACGGCAGCGCGGCGACCCAGGGCAGGAGCGGCGCGUGGAGCCCCAGCGCGCAGGGCUGGGCCGCGGGCGCGGACGCGGUCCCGGUGACGUUCAUCGGGGAGGUCUCGGAGGAGCCGGGCCCGGAGGACUGCGGGCUGUGGCCCGACCAGAGCAACGGCGCGGGCCCUUCGGACGCGGGCCCUGGAGCGGCUCAGCGGGGCGCGGGGGCCCCCGGCUGGAGGGAGCCGGGCCGCCGAGCUCCCGCCCCGCGCGCCGUCCCGGGACCCCCGUCGUGGUGUCGGCGCGGGCAGCCGGCGGCCGGGCGCUGCUGGCGGGAGCCGGGCCUCACCACCUACACGAUCGUCCCGUCCCAUGCGGAGCGGCGCCCUUACGCCCGCGGCGCUUCCCCGCCCGCCGGCGCCCUGCGGAUCGACGAGCUGGGCAACCUGGUGGGGGUGCCCGGGGCCCGGGCGGCCGCGCCCGCCGCACCCGGGGUGGACUCCGAGGAGCAGCAGCCCGGGAAGGUGAGGGAGUUCUGGAGGCGCGGCCCGGGCGCGGGCUCCGCCCAGCAGGCCCCGAGCCCCAGCCCGGCAGCCAGGGCGCCCCCCAGCCCCGCCUCGGCGCCCGCGCAGCCCCCGCCCUCGGCUGCCUUGGCCCGGGCGCCACCGCUGCGGCCCCAGCGCAGGACGUCCAGCCAGCACGUGGCCGCGGCCAUCGCCCGGCGCAUCGGAGCCGGGCCCGCGGGGCAGCGCGACGACAAGGCCAGGGGCCCGCCCGGGUCCCCGCAGCCGAAUGGCGGCCCCCGUCUCAGCAGCGCCGUGCCGGGCAGGGCGUCCAGGGAGGAGCCUGCAACCUUGAGGCGGGGCUGCGGCCCCCAGGAGGAGCCCUGUACCCUCGACCUCGGGACCAGCACGGUACCCAGGGCCCCACACUCCCCGGACCCGGCCCACGCGCCCGUGCCCCACAGGCUCCCGGCCACUGGCUCUGCCCAGGCCCCCACACGCGAGCCUCCGAGCUGUCCCCGGGUGCCUGGCGCCCUGGAAGCCGAGGCCCAGCCCUGCCCGGCCCCAGCUGCGAGGCACGCGGACUGCUCCUUGCCAACCGGCAUCUUCGGGCCGAAGAAGAAGUUCAGACCGGUAGCCCAGAAGCCUGUCCGGAAGGACACGUGCCUGCACAGCGCGCUGAUGGACGCCAUCCACGCGGCCGGCGGGAAGGACAAGCUCCGAAAGACAGCAGAGCCCCCCGAGGAGCGUGGGCCCCGGACGCUGUCCUACACAGAGGCAGACAGUGAGCGCUCAGCCCUGCUGGCGGCCAUCCGGGGGCACAGUGGCACCCGCAGCCUGCGCAAGGUGUCCUCUUCGGCCUCCGCAGAGCUCUGGGGCUGCUGGGCUGCAGUGCCUCCUGAGGCCCCUGGGCCCCUGCCGAUGCCCCAGGCUCCCCCUGCACCCAUGACGGCCCCCAGGACCAGCUCAGGGCCCCUCGGCGACGCGGUGGAUGCACGGCAGGCCCUGCUGGAUGCCAUCCGCUCUGGCUCUGGCGCCGCGAGGCUGAAGAAGCCCUGAAGGCAUAAAAAUAUCUGUAGGAAGACAAAGCACCCAGCACCCCAAGGUGCCCUUGCUUGUGUGAGCCACCAAGAGAGGUUGGACCAUGGCAGAAACCCACCGAGGAUCCCAGGACCAUCACCCCAGGCCCCACACGGCGAGGAGCAAGCCUUGGGCCACUCUGCCCAUGGCCCAGUGUGCGGUGGACUCACAGAGGCCCUGCGGCCUUGCUUGGCCACUGUGCCGAGAAAAUAAACGUGCUCUGCCUCUGAAACGUGAAGUUGCCAAUGAACAGCCCGGCUGGCGGUGACAGGAGUCCCAUGGGAGCCCACAGUGGUCCUGAUCCCAUUUCUGGGCCCAGCGAGUGGCCUCAUGCCGUAGGUGUACUUGGACCACACAGAGACAGUUGGAAUCAUUUACUUGCUGACAAUACGGGCUCGAGGGGCAAAACCAGAAACCAGCGGAAACAGGCAGGGUCCCGGCUCCCUGCUGCACUGGGCACUAAGAAGGCGGGAGCUUUUCCAGAGCCAGCCUCUGCGGAGCUGUGACACUGUUGGCUUCCAAGUCCUCACAGGUUCUCAGACCCUGGUCCAGCCCCGAGAGGCCCACUGGGUCGCGGGGACGGCGGGCAUCCCGGGUCCUCCGAGGUAACACGGGCUCUGGAGGCCAGGCCUGGCAGGUGUCCCGCAGCUGUGAGGUCCAGAAGUCUAACCCUGACCCAGCUGGGUAUCUGCUGUCCCUGCCAUCCGUCCAUGGGUCAGACUGACGCUGUGCUUGGUCAGUCACCACUGGGCUCCCAGCUCCGUGCACUCCCCAGCUACGAGGCCCCAGCCCCGGAUUUAAAAGGAGGCUGAACCAGCAUGGCAGAUUUCCACGUGUCUCUCCAAACUCGCCCUGUGCAGCAAAACCACACCAGUCAGAAACCAAAAGGACCUCGUAAAGUAAAAUCUCUGUCAGCGAAAAAGUGCAUCAUGGCAAGGCUUCGCCGCUGUCUCUGACCCGGGCCCGGUGGGUGGGUGCUGCUAAACCUGCCGGCUGUGGAGGAGCUGCGGCCUGCCGCUCUCGCCCACAGCUGUCACUGUUUCUUUCAGUGCCACAAAUAAACAAAGAUGGAAUCAUC